AAGACGCAGGAGGAAGGAUCACCCAGACAUCCCGGAGCAAGUUCAACUGACAACAGACCGCCGUCGUCGCUGUCAUGGCUUUCGUGUGCAGACGUGCCGCUUUGCUCCUGAAGCGCUCCGGAGUCUCGCCGGCCGCCCUGUCCGCCGCCCGCCUCUACAGCUCAGGCAGUCAGUAUGGGUAUAUUUUGGUGGAAAAGCGAGGCGAGAAGAACAAUGUGGGUUUCAUCCAGCUAAACCGGCCUAAGGCUCUCAACGCUCUGUGUGAUGGGCUGAUGAAGGAGGUGGGACAGGCCCUGGAUGCCUUUGAAGCUGACAGCGACGUCGGAGCUAUCGUUAUCACCGGCAGUGACAGAGCCUUUGCUGCCGGAGCUGACAUUAAAGAGAUGCAGAAUCGAACCUUCCAGGAGUGUUAUGGUGGAAACUUCCUGGCUCAUUGGAACAGGGUCUCAACAGUCAAGAAGCCAGUCAUCGCAGCUGUCAAUGGAUUUGCUCUGGGUGGAGGCUGUGAGCUGGCCAUGAUGUGCGACAUCAUCUACGCCGGAGAGAAGGCGCAGUUCGGCCAACCAGAGAUCCUGUUGGGGACCAUUCCUGGUGCGGGUGGUACCCAGCGCCUGACUCGUGCGGUAGGCAAGUCCCUGGCUAUGGAAAUGGUACUAACAGGAGACAGGAUUAAUGCUCAAGAAGCCAAGCAAUCAGGUUUGGUGAGUAAGAUUUAUCCUGUGGACCAGCUGGUGUCUGAAGCUGUUAAGUGUGGGGAAAAAAUCGCUGCCAACUCCAAACUGGUCUCUGCUAUGGCUAAAGAGGCUGUUAAUGCAGCUUUUGAACUGACUUUGGCUGAGGGGAAUCGUUUGGAAAAGCGCUUAUUCCACGCUACCUUUGCUACGGAUGAUCGUAAAGAAGGCAUGACAGCAUUUGUGGAGAAGAGAAAGGCCAGUUUCCAGGACAAGUAAAAAAAAUUU